CAGAAGAGCCCAACAACGAUUAUGACUAGGAUCAGAGCUUUCAGUUUUCAGUCUGCGAGCGUCUUCGAAGUGGUCAAUAUGCAUAGAACCACGAAGCAUUUCCUAUUCAAAUAUCCCAUGUGUUUAAAUUUAGGUGCUUACGGGAGUUAUUUCGCAACACUAUUCUUAUGUGUUAUCCUAACACAUGUGCAUUGUGAUCAACUAAAUAAUACAAAAUCUUGCGUGGAUCUCUAUGAGAAAGGGGUAGAAUUAUAUUUAGAGAAUAAUUUUUCUGAAUGUGUAUCAUAUUUAGAAAAAGCAGUGACGGAAUAUCACAAAUACAGAAAAACAUUACAGAACUGUAGGUUGGCUUGUAAACGGGAAGCUGAAGAUUCUGAGCCUCUCUAUUCGGUUGAUAUCGAUAAUUUGAUGUUUUUCGAGAAAACUAUACGGACUACCCUUUGUGCUAUCAAGUGUCACGAUAAGUUGAUAGGAGAUUCCGCAAGUUUCAAUAUAAAUGAGGACAUCGAAAAUCUUUUCGAGAAAAAAAAACCCUAUGAGUACCUGCAUAUCUGCUACUUUCAGACCAAGGAAAUUCAAAAAGCUGCAUCAGCUGUCUUCACAUAUCUUGUAUCACACCCGAAUGAUACCACAAUGUUAUCUGCCCUCAAAUAUUAUUCAUCAUUCGAUGGCGUCGAUCUGAAGGAAGUAGUAAAUUUCGAGGCAAGGGAUUAUGUAUAUAUGUUUAGCCAUGGCCUUGCUGCAUAUGACGAAAAAGAUUGGAAAGCUGUAAUUGAUAAUAUGGAAGAAUCAUUGGUAGAUUUCAUACAGGCUGAGGAGGAAUGUCGGGCUCAAUGUGAAGGACCUUUUGAUCAUGGUUGGCUUCCUGAUUUCUUUCCUUCUAUUGCAAACCACUUCACGUACUGCUUAAAAUGCAAAAGUGGAUGCUACUCCAAGCUCAAUUCCAUAAACACAGAGAAACACGAGGAUUUAUUACCCAGUCAUUAUCACUACUUGCAGUAUGCUUAUUACAAAGUUGGAAAUCUCAGGAUGGCAUGUGAGGCAGUUGCUAGUUUCCUUCUAUUCGUUCCCGAUGACGAGACCAUGCUCAGCAACAAAGAAUACUACAUGAAGUUACCGAAAGUGGAAAAAACAUUCUUUAAACCUAGAAGUGAAGCGUUGAAGUAUAUUCAACGGCUCACAUACGAGAGAAAACUGUUGAAGUUCAUUGAAAAGGAAUUCAAUUUUCAAACUCUAAUUCCCGAAGACUCUACCAAGCGCCAGAAACCUCAAUUCAUCAUAACAAAAGCAGAGGGCGAAUUGAACGGAACCAAAAGAUUCGUGGCGGAAGGACUGAUGAGUAAAGAACAAUGUAAAAGUAUACGUAACAUUCUGAAAAUAUAUUCCAAAAUUGGAGAUGGCUAUGAUACAGGUUCGCCACACACUAAAAAUGAGAGAAUCGAGGGUAUUUCGAUGGAGCGUGUUAUCUUAUUGGUCCACCAUGAAAUAUUGAAUAGCAAGUACUUGGAAAUACUUCUUGAAAUUACUGAAAGUGCUAAGGAAGAAAUAACGAAAUAUUUCAGCAUAGAAGAACCAUUAUAUCAUACCUAUACACAUUUUGUAUGUCGUACCUCAUUGAAAGAUUCCGUAAAAAACCAUAACGAAUUGAGCCAUGAAAUACAUGCUGAUAAUUGUAAUAUUUAUCCUGAUGGAGUAUGCGAGAAAGAAGCACCUUCCUAUACAUGGAGAGAUUUUAGUGCAAUAAUCUAUUUAAAUGACGACUUCCUGGGUGGAGAAUUCUUUUUCAGUUCGAAUAUGAAUCCUGAUUCUAUACAGAGUUCUGUUCAUCCAAGAUGUGGGAAAAUGGUGGCGUUUUCUUCAGGGGGUGAAAAUUUACAUGGCGUGAAAGCUGUUCAAAAAGGAACGAGAUGUGCAAUUGGUUUGUGGUUCACAUUGAAUCCCGGGUACAAAGAAAAUUAUAGAGAUUUGGCAUAUGAUGUUAUUCGGCACAAUCGAGAGAAGAAUGACGAAACUUAUGGACACAAUAAAUCGAGCUAGGAAUUAUCAAUUAUAAUUCAUUCGGUAAACUUCGCCUAUUUAUAUACAUGUAAAUAUUAAUCACAUGUGCCUUCUAGUCACACGAUUUGUUUUCCUAAUUUAAGGGCCGGUUUAUUCACGUUUCGAUCAAUAUAAACCACCGAUUACAGAGUAAAAUAUAAACAAAUCAGUCAGGUUAUCUAUGGUCAGCUGUCAGCUGUACAAAAUUUUAAAUUUAAUCCCCAUAUUUCUUUCAACUUGUACAAUCAUAUCAAAAACCUGUGCCUAACUUCUUUCAAACUUCAUAAAUGGGUAGACAAAGAUGACAGACAAUUGACCUUCGGUCAGUCGGCCAAUCAGGAGGUAGUGGGCGGAGUUUUCGGGGGAAUGAUCCUUCGGGGCAAUGAGUUUUCUGGGCACUGAUCUUUCGAUUCAAUGAGUUUUCGGUCGACCGAUCCCUACUCCAGAACAGAAACUAUAGGUACAGAAGUACAGAUCAUACAAGCGGGAUAUUCCGCUAUCCGCUUAUAUUAGGGAAGUAUGCUACAUAAUCUAUUAUUCUAUUGUUGAUUUUAUUGGAGAGUAAGAGAAAAUGUUUGGGAAUUAUGUUCUUAAAAAAAGUGUUAAAUAAUUUGAUAAAUUGUAUAUAUCUUUUUGCAAGUAUGAAAUUGAAUUGUAUAUAGCAAUUUAUAACUGAGAAUUGUUUUCACAUUCAGAUUUUUCCAACUAAUUUUAGUUUCAAUAAACCUCUAUGCAGUCAGCCUCAAGGAAGACAUAUUCAUGCAUGGAAUAUGGAAUGUACAUAUUUUCUUUAUUAUUUUGCCAUAUAUUUUAAUUUUCCACCAAAUAUACAAGUUCAAUCUUGUAUGUAUGAAUUAAUUAAUUUGUAAUUCAUGUGAUUUUUUUAUAUUCCCUCAAAUUUUUUUUCAGACUAGAUCAAGUUAUUGUUCUUGAAUACCUAUUGUGAAAAUUUUUUGUAGUAGCUAUAGCAAGACGGUUUGAAUAAAUAAUUAUAUAAUUCAUGA